CUCUGCGCAGUCCGUCUCAAAACCUUGACUUUUCAGCCCGCGAAAUUGAUUUUUACUGCACACAUCAGCGCCUGCAAGCUCACUAUUUGCAUUACCUACUUUGAUCCCGCGACACAAUCACCCUCAUCCCACAUUUUUCUGUCCCGCAACGGCCCAAAACCAUGCCUCAGCUAACAUCGAGCUUUGCCUCCGCCGCCGCUGGCCAAAACCGAGACUCAAGAGGAACUGGACGAAGCGAUUCUGCCCGUGGCUCUGGAAGUGGUGACUGGCCUCGCUCAAAUGGCACCAGAACCUUCCGCCGCCCCUCUACCACCCCUUUCAACCAGUCAUCCGCGAGUCCCGCCGACGUGUCACAUCCUAGCAACAGCGAUCUCCCGCUCUUGUCCGCUACUCCCUCGUCUGCUGCCUUCGACUCGCCCAACUCGCUUCGCUACACCCGAGAGGAGCUAUUGGACAUCUACAAGAACCAUUUUGAGCCGUCACAGAUUGACACAGCCGACCUGCUCGUGCCCACCUGGAAUCCUGCCCAGACGAACGGGAGCCAUCCUCGACCGUGGGGCAAGCCGUCCGACUCAGUGCACGUCCCACAGGACCCGAGUGUGUGUUGGGACGCGAACGGCACGGUGAAACCCAUCAGUUUUGAGGAUUUGUCGGCCGAGGAGCGCGAAAUGUUUGCCACGGAUGUGAAUUCGACUCUGAAGCCACCCCAGCAGGCCAACAAGGAGGGGGCCCAUCCCGGCUCAGGAGGGGUCAACGGGCGGAAAGCUUCACUUAGUAUUGGGAACGCCGCAAACUACCAGACGUCGUCGCCAUCAACAACCUCGCGACCCGGCACCCGCCGGAGAGAAACGGCCGAUACAAAUCCGUUCCCGGUAGGAUCCGCCGCGUCUCCGACAGCGAGCCGAUUCAUGCGGGACGAUCCUUGGCUUACCCGGCGGAGCACCGAUAUCAAGGAAGCUAUCUCCGACGAACCCGAGGAAGAUUCGAGCGCGCGUGAGGCCACGCCGACCAGGUCACAGCCCUUCACACUGUCACGCAGCAACACUGCGGGUGCUUCGGGCUUUGGCAGCCAGAGCUCUUUGUGGGGACCCGGGGCUGCGCCAACGAGCGGCCUUGGCGCCUUCGGAAGCUUUGCGCUCCCGACCCCCGGUAUUGGAGACAAGCGCCUUGCCGGUGGCAGCCGCCUCGCCCACCUUAUCCCUAAGGACUCGGCGGACAAUGCGAGCCCCAAGCCCAGCGAUGCCCCAAGCUGGCGGCCUCGUCAGCGGACUGAUACGGAUCCUUUUGCCGGAGAUGAUGUCCCUUCCGGCAGCGCUCUCUUGGGCGGCGCCCUCGACGACAGCCCCCCGGCCCCGUCUGCUCAGCGCCAGCGUGGUGGGGUUUUUGACACCCCUGUUAAGGGCAAUGCUGGAGACUUUGGCAUGGCCGGGCUCAAUCUGGGCAACCAGGGAGACAACAACGGCCAGACGAGCCCCUCCGAAACCAAUCCUUACCGCAGUCCGCCCGCCGACCGCGCCGACGAGGGUCACGGGGAGCACGAGGCCGAGCGUGUCGCUCAGGCAAAUCAAGGCUCGGACCAGCACUCCAAUUUUGGCACUUUCCCCCGCUCCUUCGGCGCUGCAGCGUUCGACGGCAGUGACCGUAGCCAGACCUCGAGUGUUGGCGCCAAGGGAUUUGCAAGUCACAACCCGCUGUCGGGCUGGCCUGCUGGACCGUCAGUGAGCACGCCUGACCGUGAGCGCGCUUCCUUCCAGCACGCCUUUGGCGGUAGCCUCUUCAGUCCCUUGGCCGAUCUCCCUUCGCCCGGUAUUGCUGGCUUGGGUGGUGUGUUUGGACCUCCCAGCACCUCGAGAUUAGGGAGGGGCAAACUGGAGUCGCUGUUUCCCCCAGCCAUGCAGGCGCAGAUGCACGGCCAUGACCAAGACAGCCUCGGCGACUCGGUCACCGAGUCUCGACAGGGCAACCCCCUCGGUGCCAUUGGCCGGGGCCCAAUUGGGCUGCAGCGUGAUACCGCUAGCCCGGUGAGGUCUGUAAGGAGCGGCUUCGAGGAUCUGUUUCCAACCUCAGAAUCCACUCGGUCGCCCUUCUCCACUGCCGAGCAGGCUCAGCCCGGCCUUGCGUCGACCACCCAAGCGCCAUCGUUCCCUACGACCACUGCUGGCGGAGCAUCGUUCACAUCCACCCAGCCGGCUGCCGACCCCACUGCCGUUAGAACCAUGGUGAUGCCGGACCGCAUGCGCUGGGUUUACCUGGAUCCCCAGGGCGUGAUGCAGGGGCCCUUCAGCGGGCUAGAAAUGAACGAUUGGUACAAAGCCAAUUUCUUCACGGCUGACCUGCGUGUCAAGCGUCUCGAGGAUCCCGAUUUCGAGCCCCUCGGUCAGGUCAUCCGGCGCAUUGGGAAUUCACGGGAGCCCUUCCUCGUCCCUCAGAUCGGCAUUCCUCAUGGUCCCCCUCCGGCCCCUGGCCCUUUUGGCGGCUCGGGCUCUGAGGCCGUUCCGCCGCUGCAGAGUGCGUUUCCUUCGUUUGGACGCACCCUCACAGCUCAGCAGCAGAACGAGCUCGAGCGCCGGAAGCAGGAGGAGCAAAUGUACCACGCCAGACAACGCGAGCUCGCCCAGCAACACGCUACAUUUGGCAGGCUGCCACCCAUCCAGCCCGUCGCGCCCGGUGCUCUGCACCACCAUUCCAGCGCCCACAGCCUGCAGAGUCAGCCUAGCUUCGGCAGCAUAACCUCGCCGAUCGGCAUGACCCCUCAACAUCCUCUUGGGCCUAUCGCUCCCGGAACAGGCUUUUUUGACUCGGCCGCAGCCAUUGCCCCCGGUCCUGUACAGGCCCCUAUCGGACCGGCGCCGGCCGACAUGUUUGCUCCGGAUCUCAACUUUGGGGAGCGUCAGUUGCUGGCCAGCAUGCAGGCCACCGGAGCGCUGCCUGGCGCCUUUCCGAGCAACCAGGCCGUCGGUGGUCCAGUCGGCGAAAACAGCGGGCUCCGCAGUCAGCUUCCCAGCAUCGACCAGCUUCAGAAGGACUCUGAGGGAUUCAGCGAGCGACUUGAAGAGUUCCACCAGCUGCGGGCACAGUUUGAUGCCGAGGAGGCCGCCGCUGCGGGCACAUUAAAGGUAAAGGAGGAGACGGCACAGCACGAGGAGCAGGUGGCCGCCGCCGCCAAAGACGUCGCUGCGCCCGCAUCAGAGUCUGCUGAGUCGACCAAGGAUGCCGGAGCGCAGGGCGAGCUCACUCUUACCGAGAAGGUCCGCAAAACGCAGGCCGACCAUGCAAAAUCAUCGCAGCCGCAACCGGCUUCCGAUCUCCCGAUGCCCUUUCCUCCGCCGGUGCAAUCGACCCCUCUGGCAGCUCCCACCGCCCAGCGCCCCGCUUCCGGUCUGCCGGCAAGAUAUGGCGAGCGCUCCGCUUCGGGCACGCCGGACACCACUUCUGAGGGGGCCGCUCUGGCGCCACCCCCCACUGCUCCGUGGGCGUCCCAGGCUGGAGCCGAGAUGCAGAAGGGUCCGAGCCUGAAGGAGAUUCAGGAGGCCGAGGCAAAGCAGGCCGCCAAAAAGCAAGAGGCGGCGGCUGCUGCCAGAAGAGCGGCUCUAGAGCAGGAGGCUGCGGCGAUCCGCGAGCGUGAGAAGGCCGCAGCGGCCGCCGCGAACCCCCUUCUGCCUGCUACCAGCACCUGGGGUACCGGAUCUCCGGUGGGCGCUCCUGCUGGCAGCCCUUGGAAGCAACCGGCUGGUCUCAAGAGCGGCGUUGCCAGUGUGGGCCCAGGCAGCAACGGUACCAAGAAGACGCUGGCCGAGAUUCAGCGGGAGGAAGAGGCGCGCAAGCAAAAGGCCAGGGAAGCCGCGGCGGUUGCGGCGCAGGCAAGCACACCCUCUGCCGCCACCAUGGGCAAGCGCUAUGCGGACCUCGCGGGCAAGAGUUCGGCAUCGCCGAGUCCCAUGUCUUUUGCAGCAGCCCAGCCCAGCCUGGGCGGCGGGUGGGCAACCGUUGGAGCGGGCGGCAAAGUUAAGGUCCCGACGGGUCCGGCGGUGCAAAGCCGGUCCGCCAGCGUCAGCAUCAAGCCGUCUCCGCCGCCCGUUGCCGCGAAGCCUGCGCCGAAGCCGGGGCCGACGUCGCUGAAGGAUGCCAAGAGCCUGGCCAUGGAGGAAUUCAAGAAAUGGCUGCACCGGGAGUUGGCGCGCGGCCUUAUUGGGGUCGCCGACAUCGAGCAAUUUGCCGCCACCUUGCUCGAAAUGCCCUUGGACCCGUCGAUCCUCGCCGAGGCCGUGUACGGGUACAGCACGACCAUGGACGGGCGCCACUUUGCCGACGAGUUUGUGCGACGCAAGAAACUCGCCGACAAGGGUAUCGUCGAGAAGGAGCCUGUCAGCGCGGCGGCAUCGGCGAGUGGCAAUGGCGGCUGGAACGAGGUCGCGAAAAAGGGCAGCAGCAGCAGCAGCAGCAGCGGUGGUGCGAUGUCCAAGGUGGAGGAUAGCGCCAUCCCUGGGUUCAAGGUUGUGCCGAGCAAGAAGAAAAGCAAGAAAUGAGGUGGUUCUGUGGGGUCUAGCAGACAGCGUUUUGCAGGGCUAGCUGAGCGUGAUAUGUGGAAGGGGGAGCAAGAAGUAAAUGCCCGCGUGACUAUGGCAUUCAGCGAUUGUAUGGAAUCCCUAGGUAUGCAUGUACCUAGAGUGUGGUAGUGAGGUAGCGGAUAGCUAUAGGAACUGAGUGGUC